AUGAACAAGCUGGUGGCAAGACAAGACCAGACGGGGAACUUCCAAACAUUCACUGGGACUCUUGGUUCUCGUGCCCCUACAGUCAAGAAGAAAGGCGGGGUUUUUGUGGUAGAGUUCGGAAGUGCCGACGAGAAGUUCCCGAAAUUGAUAGACGCGAUCAUACGGUCUUGCGACCGCCAGAGCAACCGGUGUGCCGAUUUUUUCAACCGCAAGGGCCAGUCCAAGACCCAAGAAUGCAACGCGCAACUGACCGAUUGCAAGAAGGUGGCCACCGCGCAAUCCGGGAAUGCGGGCCCAACGCUCCCGGCUGACCAGAACACACAGAUCCAAAGCGGGCCGAUCACGCUCUCGGGACAGCAAACGGCGCAAGACAUCCAGCUUUCGCAGAACACGCAGACCCAGACCACGCAGCAGAUCGAGCUCACUGGACAAGGAUCGGGGGACCAGAAUGUGCAGCUCGACCAGAACACACAGUUGCAGACGGGGCAGACCAACCAAACGGCCCAGGUGGACCAGAACACCCAGCUGCAAACAGGACAGCCUGAUCCGAACGCGCAGAGCGUCCAGCUGGGCCAGGACACCCAGAUCUCAACUGACCUCGCCGGGCCCACCAUCCAGACCCCGCCUGCCAGGCCCACCGACCAGAGCACAAGGCUAGCCGACCUCGCCGGGCCCACCAUCCAGACCCCGCCUGGCAGGACCACCGACCAGAGCACAAGGGUAGCCGACCUCGCCGGGCCCACGAUCCAAAACCUGCCCGGAAGGACCAACGACCAGACCGCAAGGCUGGCCGGCCUGCCCGGAUCGACGACCCAGAACAUCCGGACCUCCGACAAGAUCACGGUCGAUGUGACCACCAAGAUAAUCGAGCUGGCUCAGCAGCCUCUCGUCAUCAAGGGGAAAGACGGCAAAGACGGCAUUGAUGGAAAGGAUGGGCGGAACGGGAGGAAUGGAAAGACGGGACUGACGGGGCCGACGGGGCCGACGGGGCCGUCCACCGUCAAGCUCCAACAGACGGGAUCAAAGGAACAGACGGGAGCAAAGGAACAGACCCCCUCCUCUGGAAAACCAGCCAAAAACUGA